AUGUCAGUCUCAAAACCCAUUUCCAGCCACAAUGCCCCGAUCCAGACAGCGAACGUGACCAAAGCAGACCCCUCAGCAGAUCUAGAGAAUGGACUAUACCAAGUCCCAUCACAGAAAGAAGGCCAAGUGGAAAACAUCAUUCAAGUUGAGACUGUCAGAGGUCUCAAACCGCGCCACACCCAAAUGAUAGCAAUUGGCGGUGCUAUCGGAACCGGACUGUUCAUCGGAAGUGGUGAAUCUCUAAGCAUCGGGGGGCCGCUGUUUCUUUUGCUGGGCUACUCUCUCCUAACGCUACUGGUCUUCUGCAUCGUGACUGCGACAACUGAGUUCAGCUCCUUCCUUCCAGUCCGCGGCUUAUCCGUUGCCUACUUCGGCCAUCGAUUCGCCUCGAGUAGUAUGGGCUUUGCCUUAGGGUGGAUGUACUACUACGUCUUCGCCAUCACGGUCCCUUCGGAGAUUACUGCUGCGGCGCUCGUCAUCGAUUACUGGCCUAGUCCUGUGAAUAUCGCUGUAUGGAUCACAAUCAUGUUGGUGGUGAUUGUGGGUUUGAACUGCUUCCCGGUCACAGUAUACGGAGAAACGGAAUUCUGGUUCGCCUCGAUCAAAGUAAUUUGCAUCAUCGGCCUCUUCAUCAUGGCCCUGGUAGUCACCUGCGGCGGUGCCCCGAAUCACACAGCAAUAGGAUUCGCCUAUUGGCAUAGCCCCGGAGCUACCAAUGAGUACAUCGUCAGUGGAGCCUCGGGGCGACUAGUCGCUUUCAUCGCGACCCUACGCUUCUCCGCCUACAUUUUUGCCUUCACACCAAAGCUCCUAGUCAUCACAGCAGGGGAGAUGCAAAACCCCCGCCAGAAUCUCCCCACAGCCGGACGGCGGUUCUUUAUCCGACUGGUCAUCUUCUAUAUCCUCGGUGCCUUCCUCAUAGGUCUGAUCUGCCCGAGCAACAACAAUCAGCUACUAGGGAGCAGCAGCGACGCCAGCGCCUCUCCCUGGGCAAUCGCAGCUAAAGACGCAGGUAUAAAGGGUCUCGACUCGGUAAUCAACGUCGUAAUUCUAUUAUCAGCCUGGUCGGCAGGGAACUCAUGGCUAUAUCUUGCCACUCGCACACUAUAUUCCAUGGCGACUCUCGGUACUGCGCCUAAGAUUUUCAAACGCUGUACAGCAUCAGGCGUCCCGUACAUGUCUCUGGGAUUUACCUCACUAUUUUCCCUUCUCGCAUACAUGAACGUCAGUUCCUCCGCCGCAACAGUAUUUAACUGGUUCGUCAACCUCGUGAAUAGUGGCGCGUAUGUGAGUUGGGUCUGCGUAUGUGUUAUAUACAUUCGCUUUCGAAAGGCCACGGCGUCGCAGGGACUUGAUGUUGCGGGGUUGCCGUAUCGGUCGAGGUUUCAGCCAUAUGCUGCGUAUUUUGCUGGCUGUGUCAUCUUCUUGUUAUUGUGGUUAAAUGGGUUUACGGUAUUGUAUACUGGGUGGGGUGGACCUUGGUUGAUUCCGUGUGAGGAGGUGGAUCUGCUGACUGGGAUAGCUGAGAUUGUUGCUGCGGAGGUUCCGACUUCUAGGCGCACUGGGAGGUGA